AUGACCUCACCCCAGCUUGCGAUCGCCAAAAUCUCCUUUUCAGCUGUUCUACUCCGGAAAGACCCGACAUCGUGUGCACGAAGCGAGAUCGACGAAUUCCUCAGCCUUCUCGACGCGACACUCGCGAGAUGUUCUCCAGCCAAUGUCCAGAAAAGCAAGCAAUGGAUAUUGAAGCACCUGGUUCAGUCCCUCGCCAGGAUCGCCGCGCUGGGCAAAUAUCUCGCAGCUUUGGCGGCCACUUUCAGUACCGAUGUUGCAGCGAGCAGAAAGGCUCGCCAGCCAUCGGCAAAGCGAAAACGGUUGCACAUCCUGUAUGUGCUGAAUGACGUGCUGUACCAUAUGCAUAUCCGGGAUCGAGACGAUGGCUUUUCGUCCCAGCUCGAGGCAUUUCUGCCUGCCAUUGUGCACACUGCCGCCGCCUUUCCGGAUUGUCCAAAGCAUUUGGCGAAAAUAUUGAGCCUAGUCAACCUAUGGGGUGAGAAGGGGUACUUCUCAACGGCAUUCGUUAAGAAGCUGGAAAGCGCCGCCCGAGAAGCGCCGACCUCGCAGUUGAAGUCGUCGACACCGGAUGGAUCUGCAGCAAGCACAAAGACGGCUGCCGCCAAACUAUCAACAGAUACUCCUUUCAUCAUGCCUACUCUACAUGGGGACCCGACUACCCCGUGGUACGAUUUGCCAGCUGCAAAUUGGCUGCCAGUCAUUGAGCCAAACUCAACGAGACCAAUGAACCCGACCAUGAUCAAGCCCCUCCAGUUCAUGCCUGGUCCAGCCGACAAGAAUUUGAUCAAAGCAGUAAAGGAUCUGCUUGCUGAUGUGGACCGAAUCUACGCAAAAGACCACCGCCUUGGCGAUGACCCAGCUGAAGAUGUCGAUCAACUCGGCCAAAGCAUCAUCGUCGACGAAAUUACAGGGGACAUCAUCAAAGGCCAGACAUACUAUGGCUGGUCACGUAACUUCUGUAAGAAGAUGAAGCAACGGCGGAAGAAGGCGAAUGGG